GCUGAACAAUGCAUUCGGUCUUUCCGCCAACAUAAACCGGAAGAAGAGCGCGAACGAGAGGGCGCUUCGGUGCGAUCCACCAUUACCAUCAUCUCGAUUCUCCAGUUGCUCGUUCCAUUGCAUCGGCUUGCUCGACUUGAGAUUCAUCGCAUUCCUCAUCGUCUGAUUCUCUUCGUGCAACAUGAACGGCAUCAUCAGGAAGGCGCUCUGCGCCCCGACUCUCCGUGUGUUAUCGUCCUCGUCGUCCAGCAGUGCCGGAACGGCACGCACUCAAACCACCCGAGCAUUGUGGAACAUGUGCACGGGCCGGCAAGGCUCCGAUGCCGCACCUCUCACCUCCUUAAAGCUGCAUGACAAUUUCUAUUCCCGAAAAUGCUACAGUAAAUCACAUACCAAAGCGGAAAAAGAAUUGGUAGAGUUUCUGGCCGAGGAAAUAGUGGCAGAGAAGAAAGCACAGAAAUUGAAGACAAUACCUACAAAAUUAGAUGAUUUCACAGUGUCUCUUGAUGGUGCCCAGGUUACUCUCGAGAAAAAAGAUGGUUCUGAUACAAUUCAUAUUUCCUUCAAUGUGAACCACACAGUGGAUGCAGAUACUGAUGCAGAAGUAGAUCCUAAUCAGGAUGAUGUGGAAAUUGGUGAAAUGAAGAGCAAACCUUCUUUUACCAUAGAUAUAAUAAGGGGCAACCAAACUUUGGGCUUCACAUGUUCUUUUAACAGUCAACCUGGUGCAUCUGGUAGUGAUGAUAAUUACAAUGAUAUCUUCGGCAUUGAUGAAAUCACACUGUACGAGGGUGAUCACACUGAAAAAUCAUAUUCGGUGUCCGGUGAGAUUGUCGAUGGUUAUCUGUACGACCUAUUGAUGAACUACCUCGAGGAAAAGGGCAUUUCAAACGAAUUCGCGGAAAAACUCGUUCAUUUGAGCACAAAUUACGAGCAUACGGCGUACGUUAGCUUGCUGGAAGGUUUGUCCAAGUUUACGUCUGGACAGUAGUUCUAAGAGCUAAUCUAAGACUUCUUGUAACUUACAAUUCUAUAGUUGUAUGUUUAAGGAAAAAUUGUUAAAUAUAAUGUAUGUUUAACAAUCCA